GUAGAAAAAAAUAUUUAAAAAAAAUUAACAAGAAAAAAAGAUUUUUUUUUUUUUUUUCAAAAAUGAUCAACAUUCAAGGAUUGAGGAUACGAACGAGGCUGAUUGGAUUAUGCCUGCUGAUUUUCUUCACAAGGAUUAAAGAAUCGUUAAGUUCAUAUUCAACAACGAUGACAACGACGUCAACAACAUUGUCUCCUUCAAGUAUCCUGCCAUAUUUUGACUUUGAUGUACCUAGAAAUGUCACAGUGACAGUAGGACAGACAGGAUUUCUUUACUGUCGAGUAGAAAGACUUGGAGAUAAAGAUGUUUCAUGGAUCAGAAAACGUGAUUUGCACAUCCUUACGGCUGGUUCCACAACAUACACAUCUGACCAGAGAUUUCAGGUGAUACGACCGGAAAACUCAGGCAAUUGGACACUGCAGAUAAAGUAUCCCCAGCCAAGGGAUUCCGGUAUUUACGAGUGCCAAAUCAACACAGAGCCAAAAAUGUCCUUGUCAUACAAUUUCAACGUCAUUGAACUUAAAGCGACGAUCACAGGCCCAACUGAUUUAUAUGUGAAGACUGGAAGUGAUAUCAAUCUGGCAUGUAAAAUACUACAGGGACCACAUGAACUGGGGAAUAUUCUUUGGUAUAAAGGUAAUGAAAUAAUCGAUUUGGCAACAAACCAAAAUGAAAUUGACAACAUCAAUCGAAUAAGUGUGGAUAAUGAUUGGACGGAAGGAUUGACAUCAAGGUUAAAAAUUCGAAGAGCCAUGCCCAGUGAUACGGGAAAUUACACAUGUGUCCCGACGAUAGCUAAAUCGACUAGCGUUUACGUUCACGUUAUAAUUGGUGAGCAUCCAGCUGCAAUGCAGCACAAUGCCGCAACAUCUGUGGUAGUAGUAAACUCAAGGACCAGACACAGUUGGCUGUGUGGGAUAUUGCCCGUGCUAUUGCUGUGUUAUCUGCGAGUUUUUCUCAAGUCUGUUUCCGGUGUAAGUAAUUUGUUGAGGACAAGCAAUGAUAAUAAGAGCUGAAGAAGCGCUACUUCAAGUUGUUGUUCUUGUAGUUGUUGCGGUCGUGAUGGUGAUGGUGCAACUGGGAAUUAAAUUUUUCAUUUUACCUCUUUUAUUUUAUUUUUUACUUUUUCGUUCUCAUCUUUUUGUAUUACCUACUUACUCAUUGACUUUACCUAAAUUGGUAUU